AUGCCUCAUCACGAGACGAUCGGAAAGCGCCAGCGUCCCUUGGCCAAUCAGUCCACAAUAGACCCAAGUCUAGAUCAAGACAAUGAUGUUACCACUGUCUACUGGCGUCCCGCUAUCUUCUGCACUCUUAUAUAUCUUCUGAUUGGAAUUGGGUAUUUCAUCAGCGCCGCACCGCAACUGCGUCUCUUGGAGUCAAUCAUAUGUCAGCAGUACUAUGAAGAUUCCGAAUCCUCAGCGUCAGAAGCGGGAAUUCCUGAGCAUCUCUGCAAGGAAGGUCCUGUUCAGGCUGCCCUGGCCCAACUUCUUGGAUGGUAA